CGACUACCCACAAAUCGACCGACCUGCGACGACGACGACGAGGCUCUUAUUUAAUUUGAUACCGUAGAUUGUGUGAUGCCAGUUCGUUCUUCCAACCCGAUUCGCGCCAGAAGUUUAAUCCGAAACAACUUGGAGAAGUCAGCCGCCAGCAGUAGCCCGCAGCAGCAGCAGCCUCUCCUGCAGUCCAGAAUGCCCAACAUCAAGGUCUUCUCCGGUUCGUCCCAUCCGGAUCUGGCGUCGCGCAUCGUGGACCGCCUCGGCAUCGACCUCGGGAAGGUGGUCACGAAAAAGUUCAGCAAUCUGGAAACAUGCGUCGAGAUCGGCGAGUCGGUCCGCGGCGAGGACGUGUACAUCGUGCAGUCCGGCUCCGGUGAGAUCAACGACAACCUGAUGGAGAUGCUGAUCAUGAUCAACGCGUGCAAGAUCGCUUCGGCGUCGCGCGUUACCGCUGUGAUACCCUGCUUCCCGUACGCCCGCCAGGACAAGAAAGACAAGACAGGCGACGAUAAGCUGGCCGCGUUGAUGAAGACCAAUGAGUGGAAGUUUCGGGUAUUGAGCCGUGCCCCAAUCUCUGCCAAGCUGGUGGCCAACAUGCUGUCGGUGGCCGGAGCCGAUCACAUCAUCACGAUGGAUCUGCACGCCUCACAGAUUCAGGGCUUCUUCGACAUCCCGGUGGACAACCUGUACGCGGAACCGGCGGUGCUCAAGUGGAUCCGGGAGAACAUUGCCGAGUGGCGGAACUCGAUCAUCGUGUCGCCGGACGCGGGCGGUGCCAAGCGUGUCACGUCGAUCGCCGAUCGGUUGAACGUGGAGUUUGCGCUGAUCCACAAGGAGCGGAAGAAGGCCAACGAGGUCGCGUCGAUGGUGCUGGUCGGUGACGUGAAGGACCGCGUGGCCAUCCUGGUGGACGAUAUGGCCGACACGUGCGGCACAAUUUGCCACGCCGCUGACAAGCUGGUCGAGGCGGGCGCCACCAGGGUCUACGCCAUUCUGACCCACGGCAUCUUCAGUGGGCCGGCCAUUUCGCGGAUAAAUAACGCGUGCUUCGAGGCUGUCGUCGUGACGAACACGAUCCCCCAGGAUGGCCACAUGAAGGACUGUCCCAAGAUUCAGUGCAUCGACGUUUCCAUGAUGUUUGCCGAGGCUGUCCGCCGGACCCACAACGGCGAAAGUGUGUCGUAUCUGUUCUCAAACGUUCCUUACUAAGACGGCCAACGCCAGGCACCACCACCGGGACCGUGAAUGAUGACAAACGGGGAACUACGACGCCGUCAACCCGGAAGUGGAACUGUUUUUUUAAAAACUAUACAUUAUAUCAUUGUUUAUUCAAAGCUGAGAAAUUUUGCCUUCACGGUUAACUAUUGGCCAUAGUAAAGUAAAUGAAAAAGACUCAUACAAACAGCUCAAAGCAUUCUAGAGAAAACAAAAGAAAACGUUAAAAUCGGUAUGGUUUAAUUAAGUUUAAAGUUUUGCUCCAUUUAUCCGAUUUCGGGACGCCCCUUCUUUCUAUUCCCAUAUUAAAGUAACACUAAACCAAGUUUAUAUUAGGCUAACGAAGAAGAGAAGCUACACCUUAUAGAUAAACCGUUAGAGAUGUUCAGCUUAGUACGCGCCUUUCUUUAUAAAAGAGUUGAACAAAUAAAAAAUAGACACACAAAGCCCAAAUAGUCGUGUAUUUUCAUGCCAAGCAUAGAAUCCAUUAGUUGAGAAACCCCAUCCGAAAGAGGAGUGUUGAACACUGUUUUGCUAGUAAAGAUAGAUUGUUACAGCGUGCUCCUGUUAGAUUGGUUUGCAUUCACACUUACACACACACAUACACGUACACACCGAUACAAAACGGACAUCCAAAACACAAACACACACCCCAGGCAAAUUAUAAAUUAGAGUCAAACUUACUGUAAGCUAUCACUGAAAACAACUUUUAAUUUUAUGCUAAUUUGAUAUGGAAAGUAAAGUGAAUAAAACUUUAAAAAUAGUA